CUUGAAAUACAUAUACAUGCAUGUAAUGACUCUAUAUGUGAUUUAAAUUCUGCGACUAUCGAAUAUUUUAUCGAGAUACGUAUUUAUCAAGGAGCUGCCUUUCAUUGGGAUCUGCAAGAUCUGUUACUGUCUGUUACGGUUACGAACCAUCUGAAUCACGAAAGUAACAACGUGACAUCUGAACUAUGUACUUAGAAAUGAAAAAGAUGUAAAGUGCAUUAUUAAUAGUAAUGAACGAGAAUGUGACAUUGAAAUUAUCAAGUUAAUGUAGUCUUCCAUAAUAUUUAUAAAUGCACUAUAUUAAUAGUUGCAUAGGUUUAAUAAUAAGACUUUAUGUUGUGGCUAACCAAUUAUUACAUUUAAUACCGAGAUGUCAGAACACGUUGAAUUACAACAUUUAGUAGACAGUGAUAUUGAAAGUAAUAUUGCAGCAAGACAAAAACGAUUUUCAAUUCUACUAUGUAAAUCAUGUCCCUAUCUUGGCCUAAUAUUAGCAACGUUAUCAUCAUUAUUUUUUUCGUUAUGCAGUGUCAUUGUAAAAGGUUUGGUAGAAGUAAAUCCAAUGGAAUUGGCAGCAUUUCGAUUUGUAGGUGUAUUGCUACCUGCAAUACCAAUUGUAAUAUAUAAGGGAGAACAUCCAUUUCCAAAGGGACGUAGAUUAAUGUUAAUAUUAAGAAGCUUUGUAGGGACCACUGGCCUCAUGCUAAGUUUUUAUGCAUUCAGACACAUGCCUUUAGCUGAUGCAUCUGUCAUAGUAUUUUCUGUUCCUGUAUUUGUAGCUAUAUUUGCAAAAAUAUUUCUAAAAGAGCCUUGUGGGGUAUUUAAUGUCAUUACAGUCUGUUUAACAUUGAUUGGUGUAAUUUUAAUAACGCGUCCACCACUUAUCUUUGGACAUACUGUAGAGUCUCUUUCAGAUGGACAUGGAAAGACAGAACAUGCAGAUUUAUGGGGUGCUAUAGCAGCUUUCUCUGCAACUCUUUUUGGUGCAAACGUGUAUGUUUUAUUAAGAGCUUUGAAGGGCCUCCAUUUCUCAGUAAUAAUGACAAAUUUUGGAUCAUUUGCUUUGAUUCAGACAAUAAUUAUUUCUUGGGCUAUAGGUGCACUUUGUUUACCUCAAUGUGGUACUGACAGACUUUUGGUUGUAGCACUUGCUCUUUUUAGUUUUGGGGGUCAAAUACUGCUAACACUAGCUUUACAAAUGGAACAAGCAGGACCUGUUGCAAUAGCAAGAUCCGCAGAUAUAGUUUUCGCCUUUUUCUGGCAAGUCUUAUUUUUUAAUGAAAUACCAAACAGAUAUUCGGUAGGAGGAGCAAUUUUAGUUACAAGUUCAGUUUUAUUGACUGGAUUAAGGAAAUGGGCUCUAUCUUUACCAGAAACAUCUAGUGUUAAAAAGUCUUUAGGAAUUUUGGUGAUGUAGAUCACAAAAUACAAAUAAUAAUACAAAAAUAAAUAUUACAGUAGAGUCUCCUGUAUCCAACCUGAACGUUAUGUUAUCCAAAUUACGUUCUGUAGCAAUAUUCACAUACAAUUUAUGUAUAGUUUUCACUAUUAAACCAAAUAAAUCUUAAUCAUAAGACCUUAGUACAAAGCUAACUGUGUUCAUCACAAUGGUAAUGAAACAAAAACAUUUGGUUCUAAGUAUUGAAAAAAGUGUAUGAAAUAAUAAGAUUUUGAAUAUGGUGAAUAUGCAACAAAGUUAGUGAAAAUAUAUGAUAUAAAAUCUCUUGUCUUUUAUUUAAAUACAUGAAAUUUAAUAUAAAAGAGAUGAUUGUUCUAUUAUCGAAUACUUUGGAGUCCCUAUUACUCCGGAUAUGGGAGGCCUUACUGUACUUACAAAUCCAAA